AGUCACAUCUUUGGGUGCCAUUCCCCGAGUAUUGAAGAUGUAGUUUUACGGUAUAACAUUAUAGGCAUUAGGGCAUGAGGAGUGAGGGUGCAGGGUGAAAAAUUUAUAAUUGAGUGGGGGUUUCAGAACUUCUGGGUUUUUUAUCUUCGCUGACAAUAAUUACCCCACGAAUUUUAAUCCCCGGAAUCUUGAAUCUCGGACCCGACAAGAAGCUCUCCUCUCCAUCCUUCGGGACACUCUCAGUUCGUUCUUCUUUCAAAACGCGGCGUCAAGGAGUAGAAGUUGAUGUUUUAAGAGGAAGGUGAUGGAAGAUCAACAUUCGGUUAAUAGUCCAAGAAGAAUAUUAAGUUUUACGAAGAGGAGGAGAGCAACUGUAUCUUUUUUAGAUCAUGAUGGCAAGGCUUAUUCCGGGUUCAGUCCCAAGACUUCUGAAGUUUAUGGCUUUGUUGGAUCCAUCACCACAGUUGUCACUACAGUUCUUUUCUUGGUAUGGGCAUAUGUUCCUCAACGUUGGUUACAUGCAAUUGGGAUUUCUUACUACCCUAGCAGGUAUUGGGCAUUGGCGGUGCCAGCUUAUGCUAUGGUGACUGUAGUACUAGCAUUAUCUUUUUACAUUGGCCUUAAUUUCAUGUCGACUCCUUCAUCAACUUCCUUGAAUACAAUGUUUGACGAAUUCAGCAGAGAACCUUCAAAUUCGGUUUCUGUACCAGAGGGAGAUGAGCAGCCGAUUGAGCCUAUCUCUGAGAUUGGCAUCCACAAAAUCAAUGCUCUAAUGUUUAAUAAUGGAAAAUGACCACUGUAAAAUGUAAAUGCCCAUUUUGUUCUGUGAAUUUAUGAUCUCGUUUGUUACUGAAUUGAUAUCGGGUACAUUUUCUGGAGUAAAUGUGGAAAAAAUUACAAGCUUAUAGCUUCCAUA